UUGUGAAGAGUAACUGCUCAUGUGCCCGCUUCUUUGAGCAACAUCCAACGAUCAUCGAAGACACAGAGGAGGAGAGAUUGCAAAUAUUUCUUCACACUGUGGCUCAUGGAUUCUGUAAAUGUUUGAAAUCUGCAUCUGAUUGUCCAGACACCCAGAGAUUGGCUAGUAAGACGUGGCUGCAUCUGGCCGCUGCUGUAGGCAGUCUAGAUUUGGUCAAGAUUCUGGUGACCCAGGCGAAAUUAGACAUCAAUGCAGCAACAUCGCUGUACCAGUUCACUGCCUUAUCCCUGGCUGUCAUGCAGACCAAAAAUGACCUAGUUGGCUGGUUGUGUGGCCAGGCAAACAUUGAUGUCAAUGUGAAAUCCAAAGCAGAGAAACACACCCCUUUGGUAGACGCCAUGUUGUCUGAAAAGUUCCAUAUAGUCAGCAUUCUCACUAAAGCACCUGGCAUAGAUCUCAAUGCUACAAAUUUUAGGAAUGAAACGCCAUUGAUUCUGGCAGUGAGAAUGAACAGCGCCCGACUUGUAAGACAACUCUUGGAAGCAGGGGCAGAUCACUCUAUUCCUACAGCAGACGGAAGUCUGCCUGUAAUGUUAUCUGUAAAUUCAGGGCACCUUGUUGUACGUGAAUUUGUCAAUGCCAAGGUACCUCUUAAUACUGUCAACAGUCGUGGAGAAUCUGCGGUUACAUUGGCAGUAAGAAAUAGGUCAGUGGACAUUUUAGACGUGUUGAUCGCAGGAGGGGCCAGCCUUCGGGCAAACCCAGCUCUACCAGCUCUGGUCCUAGCCGCCGACCUCGGCCAUUUAAGAACUGUGAUCUACUUGCUGGACAUCGGAGAAGACCCAGAUCAGAAGAAUGACAACAGUUGGACUGCUCUUCAUUUUGCAUGCAUGAAUGGUUUUGCCAUAAUAGCUGAAGUGUUGCUUAAUCGAGGCGCAGAUCCAAAUGUCGUCACUUCCUGUCACAAUACACCCCUGUCUUUGGCUGCAUUUCACAGACAUCGGGCUAUAUCAGAACUGCUGCUGUCACAUGGCUGUGUGGUCAACACCUUUGACCUUGAUCUUGACACACCCCUCCACUUUGCUGCUUUCAACAGAGAUAGGGACAUGGUGCAGAACCUUCUGGAUAAUGGGGCUCUGGCUUGUGUGUUUAACAGGGCCGGUGCCACACCGUUGUUUAAUGCUGUUGUGUCCUGCAGUGUCGAAAUUGUCAAAAUAUUGUUACCACAUUACACUGACCUUGAACUGCAUGCCACUAGUCAGGGUUUCAUGUAUGAAGAGUUCACAUAUAAAAUUCAGCUACGGUACCAGGUACCUCGUUCAGUUUUAUGGGUGGCAGCCAGCCAGGCAAGUCUAGCAGUGACCACGCUGCUGCUGUUUGCAGGUUUUAAUGCAUCGGCCGAAGAAUGGAUCCGCAAUUGUGACUUCCCAGCAUGCCUUUUGUCAGAUGACAUGAAUAACUUGAGACAGCUGCUGAUGGACAGUGCCGCGACCCCACUGUCCUUGCUGUCCCUGUGCCGGUGUGCUGUACGGCGAAUCCUAGGUCCUGGCAAACAAAGACAGGUCAACCAACUGAAUGCAUUGCCUCGGAAGGUCAAGAAUUACAUCGCACUGAGAGAACUUUAA